AUGGAGUUCAAGAAUUGGUUGGUAUUGAUUCUUGCAGCCUUUGUUUUUGUUUUUGGAGUUUUGAAGAGAUUGAAUGGUUGGUAUUAUGGGGCCAGGCUGAGGAACAUAUGGGCUGAGCUUCCUCCCGGUGACAUGAGCUGGCCUCUUCUCGGUUCUACUCUAUCCUUCGUCAAAGAUGUUAGUAAUGGUCGACCUCAAAAUUUCGUUCACACCUUUUUCAACAGAUAUGGGAAAGUUGAUAUGUUCAAAACUCACGUACUUGGGAGAGCAAGUAUAAUCGUGUGCACACCUGAACUCUGCCGUCAAGUUUUAGGAGAUGAAGAAAAAUUUGUGCCUAGUUUACCCGUAAACAUAAAAUUGUUAUCGGGUAAAAAGUCACUGAUCCAAUUUUCGAAGGCAGAGCACCGGCGGCUCCGACGACUGAUGACGGCGCCGAUCAGCGGCCACACGGCGCUGGAGAUGUACAUCUGCCAUAUUGAAGAGACAGUGGUGGGUGGGUUGGAGGAGUGGGAGAGUAUGCAGAGGCCAAUAGAACUGUUGACAGAGAUAAAAAAGCUAACUUUCAAAGUUAUUUGGAAUAUUUUCAUGGGCUCAACCACCACAGACUAUUCCAUUGGAGAAAUGGAGGCUUUGUUUCAUGAUGUUUCAUUAGGGUUCAUGUCUUUGCCCAUCAACUUUCCUGGCUUCUCCUUCUAUAAAUCGUUCAAGGCUCGAAGACACUUAUCAAAAAUACUACAAUCAAUCAUCAAUAAAAAGAGAUCGGUGAAGAAAAGCAAAGGGGAAACUUGGGAGGCAAAAGAUAUGAUGGAUUUGCUUAUGGAAUUGAAAGAUGAAGAUGGCGAUGAAGAGUUGGAUGAUGAGACCAUUAUAGAUUUUAUUUUUGGUAAGCUGUUUGCAGGCCAUGAAACUUCAGCUUAUACUGCAAUGUGGGCAGUUUUGUUUCUCACAAAUCAUCCACACAUAUUUGAGAAGGCCAAGGAAGAACAAGAGAAGAUUAUUAGACGAAGGCCAUCGACUCGAAAGGGUAUAGUUCCCUCCGAAGUUAAACAAAUGAAAUCUCUCUCCCACGUGAUAGAUGAGACAUUUCGAGUUGGUGGUAUCAUAUUUUUGCUUUUUCGUGAAGCUACAACUAAUGUCAAAAUUAACGGUAAAGUUAUACCAAAAGGAUGGAAAGUCAUAACUUGGUUUGGGGAAAAUUACAUGGAUCCCAAACUGUUUCCUUCACCACAAGAGUUCAAUCCUUCAAGAUGGGAUAAUUUUGUAGCCACACCAGGAGCUUUCAUUCCCUUUGGAUUAGGAAGCAGGUUAUGCCCUGGAAUGGAUCUUGCCAGGCUCGAAAUCUCAAUUUUCCUUCACUAUUUUCUCCUCAAUUACAAGGUAGAACAGCUUAAUCCAAAAUGUCAGUUGACUUGGUUGCCAUUUCCUCACCCCAAAGAUAAAUGCUUGGCAAGAGUACUCAAAGUUGCAUGA